UGAACAAGUGAGUGAACACGACAUUGGAAGAUCGGCUACUGGACGUCAAUGUGACGUCAUAUUCUGUCGCCUUACUCUCUUGACAGAAAUUCAAAACUACUGGCGGUAGAAAAUCUAUGUUUACCUUUUAUACAUUUUACCUUAGUAGUAUUCUCAAUAAUAAUUACAAAUGAUACAAAAUGUCGGAUUCUUUUUGCUGAAAUAACAUUCCCUGAUUGUUGGACGUUGUCUUACUGCCUACUGAUUUACUUUACUUUUCUGUUUUUAUUUGUAUAACGUGUACACUGACUGGAGUUUUCAGGGAAACUGCUUCACUUUGUUGAAUGCAAUGGCUCCUCUCAAAUUUGUCAUUAAGUGUGGGAACUUUGCUGUGCUGGUGGAUCUCUACGUCCUGCCCUUGGGCGGCCAAGAGGACGCCAGCUGGUUUACUACAAGCCACAUCGAGGAAGUUACAUCUCUGGUUCGUGAUGCUGUGGAUCAAAGAGUUAAGCAGUACACAGAGUCCUUCUAUAACAGAAGACAACCAAAACAUAAAAAGGAGCUGGCACCUGCCUCCGCCUUUAUCGUUAAAGGGAAAAACUUCAGCUUGGUUGCCAAUUUUCUGAAGCGUCACUUUAACCUCCGAUGUAUUGUCAAUCAGCUCACUGGUGAGUUGCAUGUGUUUCCCGAGCGCUACGUGGUGUGCGUAAGCCGUCCAGAGGGUGCUGCAGUGCACUAUGGAAAACUGAGCCCAACCACAACCGAGCUGAGCGAACAAAGCAGGUCAGAAUAUUUUUCCAGAGAGGGAGAAAUCCAAGAGUCUUUCAACUGCGCCGCAAAAAUAAAGAAGACUGCGCUUCAAAAGAUAGCCAAGAAAGCGAGUGUCCAGCAAGAUCACUGCGGUCUCAGUGGGGGGAAGCAGCAAAGAGACUGCGUCGAAGAGUCAGGAAGAAGCUUGAAAGAAAGUGCGUCCAACCAUGGCGGGACGACCCCUUCAAAUAUAGAGCAGCAGGUACCGGGCUCUCAGAACGAGGGCUGGGCCAAUCAGCAGCCGCCUUCUAAUUGUCCUCCACAAAGCAUCAACCCAAACUUGGCCUCAGUAGGCAUCUGCCCACGGGAAACCAGUCCCAGACCCAGGCAGAGCAAGAGGUCUAAGCCCAGCGAUGCAGGAGAAGACACUCGCCCACAGAAGGCCAAGAGGACGGACCUCCAGAAACCUUCAGCCACAGUGCAAACUCAGUCCACUGAGUGCAUCACGCAAAUAUCCAAACAGGACCUUCUUCCUCUGACGCCCCUUCCUCCAGACGAAACAGAGGCUGCGUCCAAGGCUUUCCCAGUCUCCGAGUACAAGAAAACCACAGUGGAAGUGGAGCUGCUUACUCCAGGGAAACGGGACCAGAGGCUCCCCCUCACAAGGAAUAACACAGCACAGACGAACCAAAACAAGCUGGCCACAAGUCUGAGGGGCCUAUCUGUCAAGCUCGCAUCCUCAGGCUCCUCUAUUGGUUCCAGAUCCACAGGCGGGGAGGAGGGAAGUCAGAAUGUGCCCAGAACCUCCAGAUUACGACGACUGAAGAGGUCCUGAGGGGGGACAGACGAGCUACACUAAAGAUGCCUGACGCCAUAGAGAUAGAUGUGAAAUUGUGUCAGCACACACACACACACACACACACCGCUUACGACAAUUACUAUUCUUCUCACACAAAGCCACACAUGCUGGCCCAUUACGGAACACAUAAUUGAUACAUGAGCCUUUUGAGUUAUGUUUUGUCAAAUACUUGAAACAGACUGCCUCCACCCAUAAGUAGUGGUGGUCAAGAGAGGCUUGCAAGUGAAAGGCAAAAACCCUUAAUUGGAGUUUAGACUCGGGUUUUGUGUUAAAGAUCGGGGAUUUCAGACAGGCAGGAGCCAUGCAGUACGUCAUGGCUUUCAGUCUGAAAUCCUGGCUCCUACGUGUCUGAAAACUGUCCACUUUCUCUGCUGAGGCUCUGCUGUGAUUGAUGGCUGUUUUUCCAGAUCAGUUUUUUUGAAAAACUUUUCAUUUAUACACCAUUUUCAUUCAUAUAUAAAUCUGUACUUCCUAAAACAAACAAGACCAGUCUUAAAAUGUCUUGACAGCCAGCGUCCACUACAGUGGACAUAUGUGUUUUACACAACAGGGCUUUUUUCCCCAAAAAUGUGGACAUUGUUUUGUUUUUUUUUGGUCAAUUGUCCACUGCGGUGGACAUUUGGCUAAAUGCCAAAGUCAACUGCAGAGGAAAAUAUUUCCUUUUUUCCUUACACAUUGCUGUGCAGAGUAUGCAAUGUCUUGUACUGAAAUAUGGGCAGUUUGAUUUGGAAGUAGCUAGAACUAGCAGCGAGAUGACACCCUCACACCAGCCUGUCAGGGUUUCAUCACAUUGGCAAUGAUCCCUGCAGCCCAACAAUAUCCAAUAAGGACUCCUAGUCUCAUUCAAGUGCCUUGAUGCUCCUUCAUGACAUGUCACCCCAUAAUAUACUUUUAAUAAACCUCGGUUUUACUGAAUGAUGGUUUAUGAUCGGAAUAAAUCCGUUUUCCCAGGAAAGAAAUGUCUCCGCAUCUUUGACAGGCACAUAAAUUGCCUUUUCGUCAUUCGGAAGAAAGCGUGGUGAUAUAUGAUGAUCCGCCUAAUAUCUGACACACACACGCACACACACACACACACACACACACACACACACACACACACACACACACACACACACACACACACACACACACACGCAGUACAGAAGCCUAACGCUCCAAGAACUUUGACAGUAAAUGUCUGUCCAACGACACCAACCAACAGAUCUGUGGCUUCCUCAGAAGGUGCUUACGUAAUCAAAGCUGAGUAACACGCAGCAGCCGAAUGGGAGAAAGAACCAAGUUGUAAAAAAGGUGGUGACAAUCCAUUUAAUCCACAAUCUGCAGAGGAACUUUGUCACCUCUGUUACAACACAGUAAUACCUCGCUUGUAACUUGUAAUCCCUUCCAAAAGAUCUGACGAAUAUCAUGGAUUUAAUGUUCCAAUCUGUUCCAGACGUCCAAAGAUAUGAACACAUUUAGGAGCCAAUAACACAUGAUUGAAACAAAGAAAAAUACAAAUAUAUCGUUUUUUUCCCAGACGCUUUAAACCCUGCGGCCUAUAAAACAGUGCAGGUAAUUUAUGGAUGUUUCUUCACUAAUGGCCAUUAUGUUUUGUAUUCAACACCAACCGAGACAUUGAAAAGCUGUGUUGUUGUUGGUACUAUGGCGCCAUCUUUUGGACAAGUUCGCUCACUGCAGGUGCCGCCGGUUGAAAAUGCAUUUCCUGUUUUGUUCCUUGAAUUUGCUAUUCGCCUAUAGCGUUUCUGCUCGAAAGGAUUCUUCAUCACUCCAAACAACAUUUGUGAGUUUUACAAUACAGCUAAAACAAUUCAUACUUACUAACCUGUCCCAUGUGUGAUGUCGGUACCAGUGUUUUCAUGCAUAUUUGUACGUGCUAUUGUAAAGUAAUCAAGCUAGCGUUGUUAGCUUGAGCUAACAUGUUGUGUCUGUUUAGCUGUUUAAAGUUAAAGUACCAAUGAUUGUCACACACACACACUAGGUGUGGUGAAAUGUGUCCUCUGCAUUGGACCCAUCCCCUUGUUCACCCCCUGGGAGGUGAGGGGAGCAGUGAGCAGCAGCGGCGGCCGCGCCCGGGAAUACUUUUUGUUGAUUUAACCCCCAAUUCCAACCCUUGAUGCUGAGUGCCAAGCAGGGAGGUAAUGGGUCCCAUUUUUUAUAGUCUUUGGUAUGACUCGGCCGGGGUUUGAACUCACAACCUACCCAUCUCAGGGCGGACACUCUAACCUUCCACAGCCAUGAGGAUGACUUCUGUUUUGCUUGAUCAGCCGUUUUACUGCCGUGUGACAUUUUUUUGGAAACAUUUAAGGUAUGUAAAUAAACAUUU